AUGGCUUCAUAUUUGCCACUUGAAUGUCUUAAUAAUAUUUUUAAUUGUGUUUAUGAUAGCGAAACGCUAUAUUCUUGCCUUUUCGUGAAUAGAGAUUGGAGUAACGGUGUUGUACCAAUCCUAUGGAGAAAACCAUUCAGCAGGCUUAGAUUCAGAUAUAGAUCAUCAAAAAAUGGUGGACACAUUAUUCGAACUUAUUUAUCCUGCCUCCCAGAAUCUAAAAGAAAUCAAUUUUUUUCAGAAUCGAAUCAACCUUUCUCAUCUCCUUUAUUUUUUUAUCCUGCUUUCUUGAGAGAAUUAGAUUUUGAAGGCUUGUAUGAUGAAAUUUCAGAUUGGUUAAAUACCAAUUUUAAAAAUUCAAGAAAAAUUCUUGCCGAUUUGGACAAUUCUAAUGAUCAAUAUUUUACUCGAAAUGGGUUAAAUAAUUAUGAUCAAAAUAAAUUUUCUAUGAUUGAAGCGAUUAUAGAAUUAAUUUUUAAACAUUGCAAUUAUCUCGACUAUAUUUAUUUUGAUGUCAGAAGAUUACCAAUAGUUUUUACUAAUAUAUUAACAAGAUAUUGCAUGCUUCAUAAUCCUAUGAAUGAUCCAUCAUGGUUUCAACGAUUAACGAUUUUGGAAUAUCAUGGAGUUGGUUCAAAUUAUACUAUUCCUGAUUGCGUCUCUCUGGAUUUUUUAUUCUCCUUAUCAAAGGUUUGUCAGGAUCUUACUUAUCUAAAGAUAAGAGCUUUCGCUGCCCCAACUUGUGAUUCUUUGGCUUCAUUAAUUCAAUCUCAAAAAGGUCUUCGUAAACUACUUUUAUGGGAGUUGAAUCUUCAUGAUAUAUCAUGUAUUAUCGAAGCUAUUAGUAGUCAAGCACAUAGUAUGAGAGAAAUUGAAAUGUUUCAAUGUUCAUUUGAACUUUGUGAUUCUUUUGAAGGAUUAGCUU